AUGUACAAAGUAAAUUUCCCUGUUGACCAAUCGAUUGAGACUGCUGUGGAGCGGAGACAGGCUGCCGAGGCUGCACGCAAGGCUCGAAUUUUCAAUACGAGGCUGCGUGUAAUGGGCCUUGACCUGGAUGCACUCAACAAACAGACUCAGGAGAAAAAGCACCGCGAAGGAAUGGAGAGAGAGAGGGACAAAGCUUUUGAUCAGAUGAGACUGAAGCAUCAUGAAGCGCUGUUGCAGAGAGACAUAGAGGAAAGGAAAGUGCGUGAAGCUUUGCACGCUGGCCUGACUCAGUAUUGGAGCAUCCAGCAGCGUGUGGAGGACUCUCGUGACGCCGAUCUCAAGUGUGGCGUGAGGGGGGCAUUCAGGAUCAAUGUUCCGGAGGCUGAGCUAGGGCCUGCCAGCAUGCAGAUCUUUCAGGGCGAAGAUAUUGGAGAGGCACAGCGGAGGAGAGAACAAAUGAAACAGACAGAACGAGAUCUGCUGGCACAAAUAGUCCAAAAGGAGAGAAGGUGCAUGGAAAUUAGGCACAGAGAGAUGCUCGCAGAGAAAGAGCUGUUGCAGCAUGACCUCAGUUGGAGGCACAAACUCGAUGCUGAGGAGGAAGGCAAAAAAGCUGUCCGUGUCGCUCUUGACCACUACAAUCAAACUCUGGCUAUAGAGCAGGCUGAAAGACUGAAGGAGGCAGACCGGAGAGAGGCGAGCGAGAAUCUUGCUGAGAAGUGGCACACAUUGACAUCCGCCAUAAUGACAGAGGGUUGGGAUGCGGCAGUGAACCGGCUGGAGGAAGGGAAGCCUGCUGCGACCGACAGGUGGAAAGGCAUGAGCCCCGAGCAGCUGCGCGCCAUCCACAGGGAAAGAGAGGCGCAAUGCAUUGAGAGACAGAGAUGGCGUGAUGUCGAGAAGAACAGGGAUGCAGCCUGGAACGCCCAGCUCCUAGAGGCAUCCAGAGAAGCCCAGCGAGAGGAAAGGAGAAUGUCAGAACUCAGGAGAGCAAAGCGGAUCCAAGCAGACCAGUUCAACAUGCAGCUAGCUAAAGAGCAGGAAGCACAUCAACAGUAUUUGGACAAGGAGCUGUACACCAACAAACCCACUCAGGACUUCUUCUGUCAAUUUAAAACCACCUCUCGCUGA